UUCUGAGAAGAGACCAUAUUUGUUCGCAGAGGAAGCCGUUGCUCUCUGGGAUCUGGCAACAGCAGAAAAGACAUCUGCUCCAACAAGGGUGUUCCAGAAGCUACCUGGGAGUUGGAAGAGUCCAGGACACCGCCAAACUCUGGAUUUGGGGUUCUCUGUCCAUGGGUGCGCUGUCUGUGCUCAGCUUGUGAGCUUCCUCUCAGGAGCAAGCAGUCAUGGCAUUGCGGAAUGUUCCCUUUCGUUCAGAGGUCCUGGCCUGGAACUCAGACAACCUCGCCGAUUAUUUCAAGAAGCUGAACUACAAGGACUGUGAAAAGGCAGUGAAGAAGUACCACAUUGAUGGGUCACGGUUUCUGAACCUGACAGAAAAUGACAUACAGAAGUUCCCCAAGCUCCGGGUGCCGAUUCUCAGUAAGUUAAGUCAAGAUAUCAACAAGAAUGAAGAGAGGAGGAGCAUCUUCACACGCAAACCCCAAAUCCAGAAGUUUCCUGAAGAGACAGAACUCCAUGAUGAAGACAAUGGGGGCUGGUCAUCCUUUGAAGAAGAUGACUAUGAAAGUCCCAAUGAGGAACAGGAUGGGGAGGAUGAUGAUGAUUAUGAGUCCCCCAACGAAGAGGGGGAGGCCCCUGUGGAGGAUGACGCCGAUUAUGAGCCACCACCUUCCAACGAUGAGGAAUCUCUGAAGAACUCCAUCCUGCCUGCCAAGCCUUUCCCCAACUCCAUGUACAUUGACCGUCCUGCCACUGGAAAGUGCUCCCAGCAGCCUCCUGUGCCCCCGCAGAGACCAAUGACUGGCCCCCCGCCCCCACUGGCUAGCAGGAACCACUCGCCACAACCACCACCCCAGCCCAACCAUGAAGAGCCUAAUAGAAGUAGAAACCCUAAAACACCAAAGAUCCCUGCUCCUUCCAUAGACAGAAGCAAUAAACCGCCCCUGGAUCGUUCAUUAGCUCCAUUUGACAGAGAGCCCUUCACACCAGGAAAGAAACCAGCAUUUUCUGAUAAGCCCUCAGUUCCAGCAGGCAGGCCUCUCGGGGAGAAUUUACCCAAGAUACAAAAGCCUCCUUUACCACCAGCUACUGAACGUCAUGAAAGAAACCCUCCUCCAGGGAAGAAGCCACCUGUGCCAAAACAUGCAUGGGGACCAGAGAAAAGAGACAAUGACGAAGAUGAUGUGCAUCAGAGACCUCUGCCCCAACCAGGAAUGCCUUCCAUGAACUCAAAUACUUACCCUUCAAGAUCCGCCAAGCUAAACCCCAAGCAUUCUCUCCCAUCACCUCACAUGCAGGGAGCAUUCUUAGAAAGCAGCAGCCCUUUUCCGCAGAGCGCCUCCCUGCCACCGUAUUUCUCUCAAGGCCUUAGCACCAGACCACCUCCCAGGAUUCCAGCUGAAGGCAGGACUUUUCCUUUGCCAGUUCCAAACAAACCCCAGCCACCAUCCCCUGGGGAAGAAGAGAAUUCCUUAAAUGAAGACUGGUAUGUUUCUUAUAUUACCCGACCAGAGGCAGAAGCUGCUCUUCGAAAGAUAAACCAGGAUGGCACUUUUCUGGUUAGAGACAGCUCUAAAAAAACUACUUCCAAUCCAUACGUCCUCAUGGUAUUGUACAAAGAUAAAGUUUACAACAUUCAGAUCCGUUAUCAAGAGGAAAGUCAAGUUUACUUGCUGGGAACUGGACUCCGAGGGAAAGAGGACUUUUUGUCUGUGGCAGAUAUUAUUGACUACUUCAGGAAAAUGCCACUUCUGCUCAUUGAUGGGAAGAACCGAGGCUCCAGAUACCAGUGUACAUUAAAGUAUGCUGCAGGUUACCCAUAGCAAGUUGAUCAAGGGAAUGGACCUUCUUGCCUCUAUUGCCAACACAGGAAUAUCUGUCAUCCUUAGGGAAUGGACAAAGCUUGGGUCUCAAUAGAACUCCUCAACAUGGAACACGAGGGUUUUGUCCUUUGCUUU